CUUCCGGUUUCCGGUUAGACUCAUUCGGGCCAAGAUGGCGGACCUCCUGGGUUCAAUCCUGAGCUCGAUGGAAAAACCUCCAACGGUCGGCGACCAGGAAAGUCGCCGUAAGGCUCGAGAGCAGGCUGCUCGCAUGAAGAAGAUGCAGGAGGAUGAGAAGAGGAAGAAAGCCGAGUUCAGGAAGAAGAUGGAGAAGGACGUGUCUGAUUUCAUUCAGGACAGCAGCCUGCAGAAGAAGAAGUACGAGCCCAUGGGGAAGAUCGAGAGGAGCAUCCUGCACGACGUGGCCGAGGUGGCCGGCCUGACCUCCUUCUCCUUCGGGGACGAUGAAGAGAGCAGAUACGUCAUGCUCUUCAAAAAGGAGUUCGCCCCAUCAGAUGAGGAGCUGGAGGCGUAUCGUAGAGGAGAGGAAUGGGAUCGGGCUAAAGCAGAGGAGAGACGCAAACUGAAGGAGCAGGCGGCGUUGGAGGAGGAGGCGGCGAGUCAGAGUCAGAAGAGGCCGAUGUCUCCCAGCUCCAACUACAGAGACAAGUACAGCCAUCUGAUCGGCACCGCCGCCGCUAAAGACGCCGCGCACACGCUGGAGGCUAACCGGGCGUACGGCUGUGUCCCCGUGGCCAAUAAGAGAGACACGCGCUCCAUCGAGGAGGCCAUGAACGACAUCCGGGCUAAAAAACGCCUCAAGAGAGGAGGAGAAGAGGACACGGGGGCCGGCAGCCUCUGAGGAGUGUGUGUGUGUGUGUGUGUGCGCGUGUGCGUGUGUGUGUGCGCGUGUGC